UGCAAUAAAUGGCGAAAAAAAAAACAAACAAACAAGGAGCGCUUGCUUAGUUCGAUCGAUCAGGUCGUCAUGGCGAGCGGCGGCGGCGUGAGGGUGAAGGCCGGGACGCGGCCGCCGUGGGUGGGGCUGGCGGCGGCGGCGUGGGUGCAGAUGGCGGCGGGCAACGCGUACGCGUUCCCGCUCUACUCGCCGGCGCUCAAGUCGGCGCUCGGGUACACGCAGCAGCAGCUCGCCAUGCUCGGCGUCGCCAAGGACGCCGGCGAGAACUUCGGCGUCGUCGCCGGCGUGCUCUGCAACAGCUGCCCGCCCUGGGUCCUGCUGCUCGUCGGCGCGGCCUUCUGCUUCGUCGGCUACGGCGCGCUCUGGCUCGCCGUCGGCGGGGCCGUCGUCGCCAUGCCGUACUGGUUGCUAUGGAUUGUGGUCGCGAUCGCCACAAACAGCAGCGCGUGGUUCCUGACGGCGGUGCUGGUCACCAACAUGCGCAACUUCCCGCUCCGCCGCGGCGUCGUCGCCGGCCUCCUCAAGGGCUACAUCGCCGUCAGCGCCGCCCUCUUCACCCAGAUAUUCUCCGGCGUGCUCCACCGCUCGCCGACGGGCCUCCUCCUCCUCCUCGCCGCCGGCCUCCCCGCCGUGUGCCUCGCCACCAUGUACUUCGUCAGGCCCUGCACGCCCGCGCCGGCGCUCAUCGACGACGCCGUGCAGGUCGACGGCCAUUUCGCCUUCACCCAGGCCGUCAGCGUCGUCCUCGCCGCCUACCUCGUGGCGACAACCGUCGUCGGCAACGCCGUCAGGCUCCCCGACGCCACCGGCUACGCGCUCCUCGCCGUGACCGCGCUGCUGCUCCUCGCGCCGCUGGCCAUCCCGGUGAGGAUGACGCUGUUCAGGACCGGACCGCGUCGUCGUCGGCAGCAGCAGCAGGAGGAGGAGCCACUGCUAACCCCGCCGCCGGGUGACGACGCGGCGGCCGGCGACGAGGACUACCCCGACGAGGUUGGCGUGCCGCUGGCGGAGGGGGAGGGGGCGGUGAGGGCGAAGAGGCGGCGGCCGCGGAGAGGGGAGGACUUCGAGUUCGGCGAGGCGCUCGUCAAGGCGGACUUCUGGCUGCUGUUCGUCGGAUACUUCGUCGGAGUCGGCACCGGCGUCACCGUGCUGAACAAUCUUGCGCAGAUCGGCGUCGCCGCCGGUAUCGGUGACACCACCGUCUUGCUGUCUCUCUUCUCUCUUGGAAACUUCCUUGGCCGGCUUGGGGGAGGUGCAGUUUCAGAGAAAUUUGUCAGGUCGACACUGUUGGUUCCGAGGCCAAUAUGGAUGGCGCUGACGCAGACCGUCCUCGCCGUCGCCUACCUCAGCCUGGCCUACGCCCUCGGCGCCCCCGCCGUCGCGCACGCCUGCACCGCCGCCGUCGGCCUCUGCUACGGCGUGCAGUUCUCGGUGAUGAUCCCGACGGCCUCGGAGCUGUUCGGGCUCAGGAACUUCGGCCUCUUCUACAACCUCAUCUCCCUGGCGAACCCGCUCGGCGGGGCGCUCUUCUCCGGCGAGCUCGUCGGGCGCCUGUACGACGCCGAGGCCGAGCGGCAGUCCGGCGGCGGCUCGGAGUGCCUCGGCCCGGGCUGCUUCAGGGUCGCGUUCGUGGCGCUAGCCGGCGCGUGCGCGCUGGGGACGGCGGUGAGCCUAGUGCUGGCGGCGAGGAUACGGCCGGUGUACCGGGCGCUCUACUCCGGCGGGUCGUUCAGGUUGCCCAACGCCUCGCAGCAGCAUUGAGCCUUGCCAUUUAUUGGUUUUUUUGAUAAGAUGGAGGUUUGGUUGGUUUUGUGAAUAUGAGGACAUUAGUUUAGUUUUGUACUCACUCUGAUUUUUCUGCUUCAA